CGCGCUUUCCCUUGACUGAAUGUCUCUCGUAGUCGCAUCAUGAUAGUCCUAAGUGCAGCUGAGCGGACAUGGCAAGCAACGGGCUUACAGCGCAGCCCUUGGGCCAACAUGCAGGCUUCAACUGGCUCUUUCUCCUCGACCUGAUUGUCUGUGGCAUCCUGGCCCUUUUCUUUGUUUUCUACUUCAAUCGUACUGUUUCCACCAUCAUCUCGUAUGCGAUCCGCGCCUGGACCUGGCACAAAUACCGCGCUUACAUCGACAUCACAUCGUUUCAACUCUCGAUAUUGGGAGGCCGCCUCUUCUUCAAGUCAAUACGAUAUCAUGGCCACAACCAGACCGUCUUCGUUCACGAUGGCCACAUCACCUGGCGAUACUGGUUACGCCAAGUUCAAGAUCCUCAGAUCAUGCAGAAAGUUCACCUUCGCCAUCUAGCCUCCGAGACCGACCACAGCAGCUCCGAUGGAUCGCAUGAAAAACCCCGAACUAGGAGUAAGAGCGUGGGAAUGGCUGAAGCUGCGGAUAUAAAUCGUCAAAAGAGUCUGCCUUGCCGUAUCUUCGUCAAGGUCUCUGGCGUCGAGGCCUUCUUGUACAACCAGAGUCCGGUCUAUGACAACAUCAUCGCAAACCUCCAGAACAAGGCUCGCACAAAGGACCCGAACGCUCCAAGCGCAGACAUUCCACCUGCAGACUUCACCAAAGAGACAGCUCCCUCAGAUGGUCUGGACCGUCAGGAAACUCCCAGUAGUGUCAGUGAAUCUUUGUUAGCCGAAACAGCAAGUAGGACUACGACCAGGACAACCACUCACGAGAGCGCCAUACCAGCCUUCCUGAAGAUAUUUCCAAUUCAGGUCGAAUGCAAAAAGGCUGCCGCAGCUGUUGGUAACGAUUAUACCCAAAGUAUCCUUACUGCCAAGCUGGAAAAUGCUAGCGGUAGGAUUGACGCCGACGAGGCUGGUUCUCUGGAUUUGUACAAGCUCAUGUUCAACUUCGAUUUCCACGAUAUCAAUGUUGCCCUCAAGCCCAACAUGGACUAUCAAAUGUCACAGAUGCAGGCUGCUGCACACUUGGACCAGGAUCAAGACCCCAAGGCCAAGAAGGGUCGUGGUAUCUUUGGCUUCCAUCCAAUCCGCCGGCUACGCAAGAUCUUGCGCGCUAUUUGGCAUGCAGUCUUGUGGUUGUUUACUUGGCAUCGCAGCUCGAAGCGCUCUGUCAGGACUGCAUCACUCCUCAGCGAAGAUGAAAUUCUUGACGGAGACUCGCCAAAGCUACCCGGUGAAGCACAAUGGCAGGGACUAGCACGCUAUCUGGAUGAGACGGGCAAUGAGCACAACGAAUGGGAUGAUGUUGAGUAUGCAAGAUUUUCGAAUGUUGCAGACGUGAAAAAGGCAAGCAUGAAUUUCUAUUGGGAUGUUCCAGGAAAGGUCUCGCAAUCUCAUAUCACUGGUCAAUCCAGCCUUUUCGAUGAGGUCAAUGGCCCGUCUGCGCCGGAGUAUGGCUUAAAUCUAUCAGUCGACGGUGCUAUCAUCAACUAUGGCCCCUGGGCUGACAGGCAACGAGUUACUCUUCAAAACAUAUUUUUCCCCGCCUCAUACCAUGAUGCCGUUCCUGCACAGCGCCUUACUGUUGAUCAGAACAGAGUUGCUACCGUCUUCAAACUCUUCUUCUGCUUGGAGAGCGAGAUCACCCUUCGCAUUCCGACACGUGAAGCCUCAAAAGAUUGGAAAUGGCAAGGACGUGCCGAAGGACACAAGACCCAGAAAACUGCUGAAACCGGAUUGCGCAAGCGCCGCGGCAAAAGCUCCAAGAAGUGGUUCAAGAAACAGCAACAGACCACUGGUGCCGAUAUUCGUCCUUUCGGCUGGAUGGACGUCAAGGUCGCUGCUGACACCACCAUCAACUACGCCAUGGACAUGUACGCACGUCAGGAUGGUUAUCACAACAAGCUAAGUCUUGACGUCAAGGGUACCGAGAUCUCAUCCAGCGUCAACCAUGCUAUGUUGUGGAAGGCGGGAAACUUGUUGCUUGAUGGCGAUCUUUCAAAUCCUCUGAAGUGGAAUUCUUUACGCAAAUGGAUUUUCAAGAUUCACGGUGACGGCCUCGAUCUCUACAUGUUGCGUGAUCACAUGUUCUUGUUGACUGAUCUCAUUGCUGACUGGGGCAUGGGACCACCGCCUGACUUCUACACCUUUGUUCCAUUUACGUAUUCUCUGGACAUCAACUUUACAAACUUCAAGCUGUUCCUGAAUGCCAAUGAUGCCAAUAUCGUCAACGAUCCUUCAGAUGUGGAAGACAACAACUUUCUCGUCCUCAAUGGCGAAAAGCUUCAAGCUUCAUUGGAGAUUCCGCUAGAUCAAUACAGACCGGCGCAGAGCAGCAUCAAGUUUGAUGUGCUUGCCAAGGACAUGUCUCUAGAUAUCAGCAAUCCUCCUCGCAUCACCUUGCACAGUCUUCUACGACAGAAGCGACUUGCAACCCUGAAGAAGUUGACUCUGGGUGGCAGUCACACGUUCUUCGUAGAGCAAUCUCCUGGUCUGACAGACAUGCUGCAAAUGGACAUUGGUGGCACGGACUUGGAGUUACAAGCCUUCGGUUACCUUGUACGCAUGUUCGUCAAUGUGAAAGAAAACUACUUCGGAGAGUUCUUACAUUUCAAAACACUCGAAGAAUACCAGAAUGCUGGGUCAGAUGCUGCCAAUGCGGAAACCAAUAUGGUAGGCCGAUUCGCUUUCAGGCCCGCCAAUGAUCUUGAUGUUGUUCUUUGCAUCACUGCUGAACAUCCAGUAAUCAUGCUACCAGCAAAUCUCUAUUCGGCAGAAACAUACAUCAAGCUUGAGUUGCCUGUGGCCUCGAUGGAUCUUCGUGUUGCCAACUACUAUCUCGAUCUUGCAGUUGAUGUCAGUCCAGUCUCUGUUUCUUGGUCUGGCAUACCCGAUAAUGAGGAAAGACCUGAUGGCUCUUCGCCGCAGAUCAUUCUGGACAGUGCAAGUGUGACGGGUCACCGCUUGUUUGGUCUUCCACCAACAGAACCUGCAUAUGUUUCGAAUUGGGAUGUGAGUCUGGGUAACGUGUCAGGAGAGUGUUCGCUUGAAUUCAUCCAACAAUUGGCCAAGGCUGGGAGGGCGGUGGCCUUUGCGCUCGAUGACUUUGAGAACGCUCUACCUUUGGCACAAACCGCGGAAAUACCCGAGGCUGUAUUCUUGAGACUCAAGACUGGCUCUGUCUGUCUUUGGCUGAACGAAGGCAAGUCUUCUAUACGUCUUUAUUCGGAGCCCAUCACUCUCAACCAGAACGAUCGUGCGGAUGGACUGUUUUCUUCCCGUAUGCAUGUCCACAUUCCAAAUAUCACCGCGACUUGUGUCGACACAGACUCAAUGGCACACCGAGGGUCUCGAGGAGAUGUACAGCCAGCAAGCUGUAUUGCCUUCCUCCAAACCAGUGUCGAUUUGUCCAUGGUGCAAAGAAAGGCUCACUUCAUGGGAGAGCGCGAGAAGCAACAACAUCACAUUCGUCAGCAAGAUGCUAGGACUGGCAGAGCAAAGUUUCUGAUAGCAAAUCGCGGGCCAAGCGCCGGAGAAGGCCAAGCGCACGACGAGGAAAUAGAGACCGCUUUCACAGAACCGCCUUCCAUGAAGCUGCCCAAGCUUCCCGAUCCUAUCAAGAAAGGACCUUCAAGGAUGGAGCUUGCAGCAGACGGAUCUAUCAAAUCGUCCAUCAAAUCAAGCUCUUCAGUCAAUUAUGGCUCAACUCAGAAAGCUUUGCCGAAAGGUGAUCUCGACGAUGUGGAACACUCCCGUCCCGUGAUAUACCACUCUAACUCAGGUGCCGCACAACCUCUAGGGACUGUAGGUCUGUGGAGUCCCUUCUCUGUACCCGAUCCCAAGUAUCUCAAUGUCGAUGCCGACUUGAGCAAAGUACCUCAGUUCUCGACAGUGGUUGACGAACCUGACGAUCUCUCGGAAACAUCAUCGCAGAGCGAUUGGGAUAUCAAUCUUGAUCAGGAUGGAGAUCUGGAGCAGUCCACAUUCAUGAUUCGCAUGGUUCCUGGUAUUCGCAUCUAUGUCGAGCCUCGAAUCAGCGAGACCAUCGUGAAUAUCGUUACUGCUUUGCAGCCCAAACGUUCCGAAGACGUGAUUGAUACCUUCCAAAUGGAUGUAAUGGGAAAGGUGCAGCAAGUGCAAGACCAAAAGAAGAAGCGUCGUGGUAUCACUGAGCUGAAUUUGAUUGUGCCAAGCAUCGACGCUAAGCUAUUCAACGACCAGAAGCUUGAUACGAGCCGAAUGACAGCUGCUCCGGUACAAGAUCAAUUGGAUGUCGGAUUGAGUCACCUCAAUUUGACGCUUCGGUUCAAACCCAUUCUUGAUACCGACACUGGAUCUGCUUUGACUAUGCACCUGACCUUGGAAUCAGCACUCGCCAAAUUCUCCAAUCCCCUUGAAAAGAAUACGAAGGCCGAUGCUGCUAUCCGUCUUGGGUUCGACGACGUGUUGAUUUGGAUGGUUUUUUCCAAAUCAAAGUCAGUUCACGUCUCAUUCAAAGAUUUACUGGGUGUGAUAUCGGGUCACCAAGCAGACUAUCUGGCGUCCGUGUUCUCGCGCUACGCUGCCAUCGGCGCCAAAAUUCAGAAACAAGCUGAUGCGGUUGAGAUUGGAGCCAAAGCAAGACUAAGAAACCUCACAGAUUACUUGACUGAGCAUGCUGAUGUCUCCACAGACCCACCAUAUCUUUCGCGUAUGACUUAUGUUCUUCGUGCCUUCCCAGACCAUUUCCGCAACCAGGAGUCAUGGAAGAUCGUUGCUCGUUUCCGACACAUCUAUGAGUGCUUAUCAGAGGACAGCCGUGUCGAGUUGGAGCAACAGCUCACGGACGGCACCGAAGAUCUGAAAAAGACAUCUUCCAUCCUUGAAACUUGGGCAGCAUGGUGUAGCUGGGAUAUACCAAACGUGGAGCAAACUCAGGUCUUCAAGCUUCUGCUCGGUGACAUCGAGGCCAAGAUCCCAGAGGAAGACAUCAUACCACUGGAUCUCACUCUGCGCGCUGGGACUGUACGCAUUGCUGUUGAAUCUGGAAAGGCGUCAAGUGAGGUGUCGCUUGGCAGUCUCUCCAUUGGUGUCACCGUUAUACCUCCAAGCUUGCCCUCUGGACUCAUGCUUGUAGAAGAGAAUCUUAGAUCCAAAACCAUAUUCCAAGCUCAUACCGCAGCAUCAGUACUUCGACUCAACUGGGACAUACUGGAACAAGCCGAUGCGUUCAUUGACAUCUACUUCGAGCAAGUCAGUCACACGCUUGAUUCAUUACCAGAACCACCUCAGAAGGAUGUAUUGGACGACCUUUCAUUCAGACAAGACUUCCAUGUUGUCUUAUCUACCGAUGAAGGUAGUAUUGAACUGGACACAAUCAACCUCAGGCAUGUAUCCACUUGUAACAAUCUCAAGAUGUCUUUGAUUGGGUCCGAUAAAGCUUCGCAAGAUUAUGGCGAGUGUAUCAGUCUGCUUAUCUCGGCCAGAAAAGCAUUUACCGAGCUACACGGCCCGAGCCAGAGGGUAUGGCGCACUGAUCUGGUAUCACCAAGCAUCUACAUUGAUGUGAAGCAGACGAUUCGCGAGAACACGACCGCUAUAAACGUCGGAGGUUCUUACGAGCAGCUUCACAUUUCACUGGAGCAAGAAAUACUUGGACUGCUUGAAGUUGUUGAUCAACUUCUGGUCGAUGAAGUGGCAUAUAUCCAACGCUUCCAGAAGCAUAUAGAAAAGGAACAGAAAAAGAGUGUCGAGGCUCGAGGUGUACCCAAGCCGAAGAGAGAGUUGAAGUUGAAUGUGGCUUUCUUAGCGGGCACGUUCUCCUUCAAUGUCGCAUUGCUGAAAGCACUCAAUCUGUCGAUUCGUGGUGAUACAGCGAACCUUCGCGUUCAACCGAUGUCCGGCUCCAAUGCUGCAUGGUCUAUUGAGCUUCACCUUGGAACUAUGGAGCAAGCUUUGAUCCGAAAGGAGGACGGAUCGAGGAAACAGAGGGCUGUCUUUCAUACCCCGCCUGCGAGCAGCACUCUUGGUCUCAAAUUUACCGAGGACAAGAUUAACAUCGACUUCUCGGGCGUUUUGGAGGAGGUUCUGCUGGAAGCAUCUGCUGUGCAAAGUGUGUUGACAAUCUUGAACCGACCAGAAGUGCAGGGCGUUCUCGAAGCUAUCAGAGAUCAGAUAUCGGACCUACGCCAGAGGGUUGCAAAGACUUUGGCAACAGACGAGAAGCCCGUCACUGCUAAGGCUGUGGCCGAAAAGUCGCGCGUACUCGUCUACGACGUCAACACUACUCUGGCGGGCUUCAAGGUGGUGGCAAUUGCUCCUGUACUGACCGCUGGCAAGGCUCGGGCCGAAUUGUCGUUCGGACUUGGAGCUGUACAAGCGACAGUGACGAACAAGACCCGUCAAGCUAGUGACUCCUUCCCCAACAUUCACGGCAAGAUCGAAGACAUCGGCGCCGUCUUGACUCUUAUUGAGGAAGGGAAGCGACGCCCUUGCGGUCAUGUCGCUGUCAGUGUUGCAGUAGACUGCUCUACACAGGAAUCGGCUUCCGGACCUAUCACGAGAGAUAUCAAAGCACGCAGUGAGUCUUUCGAUGUAUUCCUCUACGCGGAUACUGCAUCGACUGUAGUGGACAUUGUGACGCAUGUCCACCGCAAGAUCUUGGACCUCGAUCUUUCGCGAGAGGUCGAGUACCUAAGAAGAUUACGACACUCCAGAGACAAGAGACGAAAGACCAUUCCUCCACCUGCUCCAGGCUCCAUCAAGGAAGAAGAGGAAGUUGCGGUAGACGUCUCAUCUACACGUCCUGCACUACUCGACUUUUCUCUCGAUUUGCGUAAGAUUCGCAUUGUCUGGGUGGUCAUUAGAAAUCGAUCCACCGCUGGCGAUCAAGAACCUCAAGAUCUCGAGGUGUCUUUCUCACGUGUGCAUCUCGCUAUUCAGAAACAGAACGAAGCUCGCCUGUCCAUUCAGGACUUGCAAGUCCAAGUUGUUCCUAAACGCCACAAAGCCUUUGAAAGAUCUGAGAAUUCAGCUUUACUGCCUGAAGUUGUCUUCACUGUCCGCUAUGAGAGUGGUAAAGAUGGUGUUAGAAUCGCAUGCCAAGCUGCCGGUCAAGCACUUGAUAUUCGAUUAGACUCUGGAUUCGUUGUACCCGUGAGCAUGCUUCAGAAAUCUAUAUCUGCAGCCAUCGACCAAUACCGCGCCGCAAAGAUAAAUUGGCAAACCGACACAGCUCCCGAUGACAACAAAUCAACACCACGAGCUAGCCCGUUCGGCGACAAGCGCCUGGCCUCGGUCCAGGCAGAUGUCAACUUCAAGGGUGCUCUGUUCUACAUACAGGGAGAUGCUCCUAAUCAAGCCAGCGCUCCACUUCGUCCCGCGCACGUUGAUCUUCCAUACAAGCGCAAUCGUGCAAACAGUCACGCUUCUCAAGACAACAUUGCCACGUCAUUACGAGCACCUGGCAUCGCAAUCAAAGUCGAGUACUCAAACCACCCAGAGAAGGAGCAAAUACUCAAUGGUGAGAUCAAGGUUGACGGUUCAAGCAACACAGUGUAUCCCGAACUGGUUCCUAUCAUUCUCCAGAUUACUCAUGGCAUUAAGGAAGUCGUGAGAUAUGGUGAGGAGGAACGCAAGACUCCGUCGACCCCCAAGAUUGCUCAGGAACAAGCUUUGAAGCUGCAAAGACUCCACGAAGACGACUCCCUGCUUACUUCCGAUCCAAGUCAAUUCUUGGGCCAGAUGAAACUCAACUUAGGACUACGCAUCUGUAAGCAGGAAUUCGGCCUGAGCUGUCAGCCUUUGGCUCGUGUCAAUGCAAAAUCGCAGAUCGAAGACAUUUACAUCACGAUGAGCACCAUCAACUCUCAUCAAUUUGGUCAUUUCUUCGCUCUGUCAGCUACGGUCACCAAGCUCGGCGCUUCAGUCCAACACGUCUACUCUCGCGAGUCAACUUUCAGCUUCGACAUGGAGUCAAUAUCAAUGUCACUCAUGAACAGUAGACAUCUGACAGGUGGCUCCAGCGGCGUUUCAAUGGUGCUUAAAGUUUCUCCCACCAGAACAGCAUUGAACGUGCGCCAGAUCCAGGAUCUUUUGUUGUUCCGUGAAAUCUGGUUCCCACCAGAGUUAAGAGACACAAGUGCCAUGACAGCGGAGCCUUCACACCAUGAGCCUGACAAGAUGGCCGUACAAAGAUACCAGCAAGUCAGUGCCGCCGCUGCUUUCCCCUGGAACGCCACAAUCACCGUCUCCGAGCUUGCAGUGGAUCUCGACUUGGGACAAAGUAUCGGCAAGUCAUCGUUGAGUAUCAAAAACCUUUGGGCGUCUUCAAAGAAAUCAUCUACCUGGAAGCAAGACUUGUGUGUCGGUGUGGAUGAAGUCAGCAUCAACAGUACUGGUCGUAUGAGUGGUUUCGUAGAGCUGAGUGACGUCUCUGUCCGCACAUCGAUUGAAUGGCCCAAUGCGGAUCGCCAAGUACACAAAGCGCCUCUCAUCCAAGCCGCCAUCGGGUUUGGCAAGAUUUCAGCAAAGAGCGCUCUGGACUACCAGCCCUUCGCAUUUGCAGAUAUAGAGGCCUUCAACUUCCUGAUGUACAACGUGAGAGACGGUCCUCAUGCUCCAGACCGUCUGAAAGCAAUUCUCGAAGGCGAAAAGGUUUAUGUGUUUUGCACAGCGACAAGUCCUGCUCAAGCCGUUGGUUUGUACCAGGCUUUCGAUCGUCUUGUUCAAGAGAAGCAGACUGCAUACCAACAAUCGAUGGUGGAUUUGGACAAGCAAUUGCGGAGACGUUCUGUAAGCCAGACACAGGCUAAGGCGGGGCCUACGCCACCAGCGCCUAUACGAAGACACACGACCGAGAGAAGCAAGAGCAAGUUCCCCAUCACAUUGCACACCGAUGUCAUGGUUAUGCUCAAGUCUGUCUGCUUCGGCGCCUUCCCCAGCACCUUCUUCGACAACCAAAUACUCAAGAUGGAAGCUUCCGAGAUUCAAGCACGCUUUGCGGUAGGCCUGGAAGACGAACGCGUACACAGUAACCUCGGCAUGACACUAGGACAACUUCAAGUCGCACUCGCCCAAGUGAAGCGCGUCAGCGUACCCAAGACUCUCGGCGACAUCUCCAUCGAUGAGGUUAUAGGUAGUGCCACAGGCGCCAAAGGUGGCAUCAUCCUCCGUGUCCCUAAAGUCAUCGCUUCCAUGCAGACAUGGCAACAACCACAGGACAACAACAUCGACUUCAUCUUCAAGAGUCUGUUCGAGGGCAAGGUCGAUGUCGGAUGGAAUUACUCACGCAUCAGUUUCAUCCGCGGCAUGUGGGACACACAUUCUAGAACUCUAGCAUCCAGACUCGGUAAACCACUACCUGAAUCUGCUGUCAAGAUCAGAGCCGAUGGACUGGAAGAUAAACCUUCUGGAAAUGUAGAUCAGUCAGAUGGUACCAGCGAACAAAAACAAGGCAAGAUCACAGCUGUCGUCAACGUUCCACAGUCGAGAUUCGAGUACACGGCACUUGUACCCCCGAUUAUUGAGACACCGCAGUUGAGAGAUAUGGGUGAAGCUACUCCACCUUUGGAAUGGAUUGGUCUCCACAGGGAGAGGUUACCUAAUGUGACGCAUCAGGUUGUCAUUGUGACUUUACUCGAAGUUGCUAAGGAGGUCGAAGAUGCUUAUGAGAGGAUCUUGGGGUCGUCGUAGGUAAAUUAAAUGAAGGGAAAGGGGCCGUUUUACAAAAGCUCCCGAGUUAUUCUUUUUUGCUUUCCCCAUGUAUUAUAGACUUUUAUGUUUCUACAAUUAUUUUAAUGCCCUUUUCUUCUUACUA